AUGGCUGCUGCCGAAACGGAGUAUUUGGAGGCUGUGUGCAAAGAAAUCUACCAACCUACCAGCUCUGAACAGCGAGCAGCAGCUGAAAAGGCUUUGAAUGAAUUCGCUGAAAAAUCGGACUGUUUCCAGCGGUGUAUCGUGCUUUUAGAUCGUGACAAAUACCUGUUGAACUACAUCCUGACGAGGCCAAAACUCGAAGCGUUUGUUCUGUCUUCCCUUUGUCAGGUAUCAAUGACGAUGUCACUAACCAAGGUAGGAUGGUUCGACCAUGGGAGCGACGGCGAGUACGUUUUUCGCAAUUCCGUGGUGCAGCUGACCAACCUUGGUCAGGAUUCAGCCGAACUUUGCCGUUUGGCAGUGCAGAUCUUAAGCCGUAUGGUAGUCGAAAUGAACCAGCAAGAAGGGUUCGUGUCGAACGCAAAGUUCCGGUACACUGCGGUUUCGUUCAGGGACGAUUACCUGUUCGAAAUCUUCCAACUGUCGUUGCGGCUUCUGCGGUCAGUUUCCCAAAGCAUCGAGAGCUUGUCGUUUCUCGAUGAAAGCCAGGUACUCGCAGACGGCUGUCACUUCAUGCAAACCUUAAUCAAACUUCUGCUGAACUUAUGCGAGAGUUGCCUCAGUUACGACUUCCUUGGUUCAGUGGUCGAUGAAACCAGCGACGACAACUUUAGCAUCCAAGGUUUGUCAGAGCCUUCGGCCUAUCACGAAUUCUGUCGUUUGGUGGCGCGAAUAAAGAGCAACUAUCAGCUGAUCGAACUGCUGAAGGUUGAAGCGUAUCCAAAGUUCCUGCAGCUCAUCACAGAGUUCACCGUGACUAGUUUACAGCUCUAUCAAUUUUCCUCGAACAGCAUACAUUAUCUCCUGUCGUUCUGGCAGCGUAUGGUGUCUAGCAUGCCUUACGUGCGAAGUAGUGAACCUCACAAGUUGAAAGAGUGUGCACCUCUGGUCACCAAGGCGUAUAUUGAAUCGAGACUCAAUCUUCCCGCCGCGAUAAUUGGCAGUGGCUAUGAAGAUCCCCUUGACGACCAAGGCGUUUUGCAGGCGCAAAUGGAACAGCUGUCAGUCAUCGGCCGAUGCGAAUACGAGAACACGUGCCAAAUCCUGGCUCAGUUUUUCGACCAGGUCACUGAAAGUUACCAACGCAUAAUGUCGCAGUCCAAUCAAAUGGAGAUUUCUAUCGCGGAAAGUAAAUUGGCUUGGCUGACUUACUGUUUCGGAAGUGCAAUAGGCGGCCACAUUGCGUUCAGCUCGUCGGAUGACCUAGAGUCGGUAGAUGGCGACUUGAUUUGCAGGAUAUUUGGCCUGAUUCGUCUGACGGAUUCUCAUCUUCCUAGUCAUGUUUCGAAAAAACUAGAGCAUUCAUAUUUGGCGUUUCUGGAGCAGUUUAGGAAAGUGUAUUUCAGCGACCAGUGCUCAAAGAUCUCAUCGGUGUACAAAAAACUGGAGAAAACUUUGGGCCUGUCUGACGAGAAGAUGGUGCUGGCCGUUUUAAUGGAAAAAAUAGGAGACGAUCUGAAUUACAUGAAGGACAAGCUGGUGACGUUUCUUUCGUUUCGCGAAGUCAGAAUCACCAACAUAAAGUUCCUUUGUUUCGACGAAAGGUUAAUCGAUGAGUCAUUGGUUCUGUUGACCGAACUGUCCAUGGGAUACACGACGGGCGAACACUUCCCGUUUCUCGGCCGCAAUUCUGACCUAACGACUAUGAAGUCGCGCACCAAGUUCUACACGGUGUUGGUCCGGCUACUGACGAUCGACAUGAUGGAGGACGUCGAUCGUCUGUUGCAGUUUUUCGCACCUUUUACCACCGCCUUUAACGAACUUGGCAAACUGUUCACCUUGAGCGAUUCAGCGCUUUCGUCUCAAGUAGAAGCUAAGCGCAUUGUGAUAGGUCUUGCGAGGGACAUCCGUGGCGUUGCCUUUGCAUGUAACACGAAGUCAGCGUUCGUCACCCUGUUCGACUGGAUCUAUCCGAGCUAUCUCUCGAUGUUGGUAAGGUCCAUUGAGGCAUAUCCAAAGCUAAGCCAAAAUUAUUUUUCCCUUUUGGAGUCACUGUCGUUCGACCAUAUUACAUUCCUUGGAAACCUCGAGCCGGAAAUUUUCAUCUACUUGCUACAAACUUUGCAGGAAGGCUUGAGCUCUCUAGACAACAUCGUCCACUACCUGUACAGGCGCUUCUGCCGGAUCGGCAAGGCGCGAGUGGUUCACGCCGGCGUCCCACCUGAAAAUGACAACUGUAUGCACGUCCUUCAGGUGAACUCAGAAAUCUUACGGCAGCUGCUCUCCACCAUUCUGAAUAUCAUCAUAUUUGACGAAUGUCGUUGUCAGUGGGCGAUGACUCGGCCCCUGCUUGGACUCAUCUUUCUCCAGGAAAGCUACUUCAAUCAGUGCAAGAUGCAGAUGAUCAGAAACUUUCCCGCCGACAAACAGGCUGCCUUAAUGCAUUCCUUCGAUGGACUCAUGGACGGCAUUGAACGGAAUUUGACGGUUAAAAAUUUUGACCGACUGUCACAAAAUAUGGCAUUUUUUAAAAGAGAAAUAAGCGAAUGCCUGAAAGGAAUCGUCAGCGAUCCACUGACUUUCACCGUCAAUGGGAUCAGUGUGUUUGAUGUCAUGGUUUAA